ACAUGGACGCGGACAUCCUGGCCCGAGACCCAAGCACCUGCUCACGGGCGUACUGGAUCGCGUCCCAAGUCCUCGGCCGGCGGUCGCAGUAUCGGAACUGUUCGGCGCGGCGUCACAGCUGCACGUUGGUUCGACCUGCGUGAUUGGAAAGAUGGCAUAAUCGCCGGGUCGUCCUGGUUCUCCCCGCUGACGAAGGAGGACGUCCAGGUGAACCGCAUCUACUCGACUUCCUCGCACCCAAAAAUUGUGAUGAUGGUCGAGGCCGCCCUUCAGAACUGGCGCAGCUGCAUGCUGAUGCGGGAGGACCCAGAGCACAGAGGGCCGUGCCUGCUCGUGGUGUCCCGAGGAGGAAUUGACACUGACAGACACCGGACGAUAGAAAUCAAAUACAUCGGCUGCGUCCUCGAGCUCGCAGAAGGAGCGUCCGGCUCAUCCAACAGAACAUACCACCCGUGGGACUUCAAAAUGGGUAUGGCAGGUGAUAGACCAGAGGUCGAUGCAGGCGACAUAUUCGAGUUGCCGAGUUGGGCGCCAGAAAGGUUGAAGACGAUGGACUGGCUUCCAAACAAGGUGUGGAUUGGGAACCAACCCCACAGCGGCCACUUCUUAGUCGCCCGGCGACACAAGGGGCGCGACAACCAUACGGCCCUACACGCCUUCAAAAUGACAGACGACUCGGUCAGGAAAACAUCUAGUUACGGCCUUGAGGAACCGCUACUAGUUGUAUCCUCGGAAGGGGAAGUCAGCAACAGGUUCAACACCGCAUCGAUAACGCUGCAGCGCGUUAACUUGAAGCAUGUAUGGCCGUCGAAGACCAUCCCUUGCGCUGAGAGUGAUGAUUCACUCGGAGGAGGCCGACGACAAAUUCAACCGCGAGCUGAGCACCAACCUAUUUGAACUGGCCCACGAGACCAGAACUUACACCUACGCGGCGCUGGAGGGAAAAGCGUUAUUCCCUUCCAAGGAGCGGCCAUACCAAGGCCUCUGGGCUUGCAGUCGCCCGAGCCUUAUUCAAUAUCAUCCCCAUCAGAGGUGCGAGGUUAUCCUCC